AUGGCUCUCAAAGACUAUUUACCCGAUUUCAAAGGAGCCUUAACCGGCUUUUAUGAAGAAAGUUUAAAAAACACCGUAGAAACCAAAACUAACGAGUUUAAAACCCUGCUCGAACAGAAUAUUGCUUAUGGACAAAAAACCCAACGAGCCUUAACUGUGCCAUUAAUGGUCAUCGCUAUCUCACUAAAAGUCCUUGUUCUGAGUGUGAUGGUUCAGGAAUUAUCAAGUUCCGUCAGCAAAAACCUCGCCCACCGCCAACAAAAGUUAAGUGGUCUUUUUCUCGAUCGAGAUGUUGAUUAUCGCACUUUAUUAGCCGAGAUGGAAGCUCAAUUUAGCGAAGAAAAACAAUCAGAUCAAGAAUAUUUAGCUGAAGAAAUUGCUCUUUGA